AGACAAUAUACUGUUUGGGUCCACCAUAGAUCAACAUAGGUAUCAAGAAGUACUUGAAAAAUGUUCACUAGUAAAGGACCUCGAAAUGCUUCCAUUUGGUGAUCGCACUGUAAUUGGAGAACGAGGUGUCAAUCUCAGCGGUGGGCAGAAGCAGCGAGUUCAACUUGCACGUGCACUAUAUCAAGAUGCAGAUGUGUAUCUCUUGGAUGAUCCGUUCAGUGCAGUUGAUGCACAAACUGCUGGCAGUUUGUUUAAUGAAUAUAUCAUGGGAGCUCUGUCAGGGAAGACGGUCUUACUUGUGACCCACCAAGUUGACUUCCUUCCUACUUUUGGUUCUGUUUUGUUGAUGUCCGAAGGAAAAAUCCUCAAGGCGGCUACCUAUGAUCAGUUGCUGGCUUCCAGUCAAGAAUUUCAAAAUCUUAUCAUUGCACAUAAUGACACUGUUGGUUCUCAGGGAGAGACCGAGUAUGGAUUGCAACAAAGACCAAAAACCUCCAAAGAAGAGAUUCAGAAAUUAAAUGCUCCAGAACAGAUAGGAGCACCUUUAGGAGACCAGUUGAUUAAGCAAGAAGAGAGAGAAACAGGAGACACUGGUCUAAAACCUUAUAUACAGUAUCUGACUCAGAGCAACGGUUUCUUAUAUCUCUUCCUGGCAGUUAUAUGCCACUUCAUAUAUGUAGUAGGGCAGUUGAUUCAAAAUCUUUGGUUGGCCGCUGAUGUACAGGAUUCUAGUACAAGUCUUAGGACAUCAAAAUCUACAUUUUUGAAGUUAAUGAUAUCACUUUUCCGAGCACCAGUGUCCUUUUACGACUCAACACCCUUGGGUAGGAUAAUCAGUCGGGUAUCUUCUGAUCUGAGUAUUGUGGACCUUGAAUUGGCAUUCAAAUUCAGCCUUUCUCUAGGGACAACAAUGAGCACGUAUUUUAGCUUUGGAAUAUUGGCUGUUAUUGCAUGGCCAAUCUUAUUUGUCAUUGCACCAAUGAUUUAUGCAACCAUUCACUUACAGAAAUUUUACUUUGCUUCUGCAAAAGAGUUGAUGCGAAUUGAUGGCACAACACGGUCUUCAGUUGCAAGCCAUCUAGCUGAAUCCAUGUCAGGAGCAAUGACCAUCAGAGCUUUUGGAGAGGAAAAUCGAUUCUCCACAGAGCAUUUGCACCUUAUCGAUGCAAAUGCUAGUCCAUUUUUCCACAAUUUUUCAGCAAAUGAGUGGUUGAUCCAACGUCUGGAAGUACUAUGUGCAAUCGUUCUCUCAUCCUCAGCCCUUGCCAUGACUCUGCUUCCUUUUCAAGCUUCUGACUCAGGAUUAAUCGGAAUGGCUCUGUCAUAUGGGCUUUCAUUGAAUGUGUUCGUCGUUAAUUCUGUCCAAAGCCAGUGCAUGCUUUCAAAUUUGAUUGUUUCUGUGGAAAGGUUAGAACAAUACAUGCAUAUUCCCAGUGAAGCUCCUGAAACCAUACAAGGCCACAGGCCAUCGCUCAACUGGCCAACUGUUGGUAGGGUGGAGAUCCAUGAUUUGAAGGUCAAAUAUCGGCCUAAUGCUCCUCUAGUUCUUCGCGGAAUCAGCUGCAUUUUUGAAGGUGGACACAAAAUUGGAAUUGUUGGCCGCACUGGUAGUGGGAAGACAACUCUGAUUAGCGCCUUGUUUCGCCUGGUAGAGCCUACAGAUGGAAAGAUCAUAAUCGAUGACAUAAAUAUAUCUACAAUCGGUCUCCAUGACCUCAGAUCACACUUUGGGAUCAUUCCACAAGAUCCAACCCUUUUUAGUGGACCUAUAAGAUACAAUCUGGACCCCUCAUCCGAGCAUACUGAUCAUGAAAUAUGGGAGGUUCUCGAAAAAUGUCAGCUACGAGAAGCUGUUCAAGAGAAAGAGGAGAGCUUGAACUCCUUAGUGGUACAAGAUGGAUCAAAUUGGAGCAUGGGACAACGACAGUUAUUUUGCCUGGGUCGAGCAUUGCUGAAGAGGAGGAAGAUAUUAGUGCUGGAUGAAGCCACCGCAUCAAUUGACAAUGCAACAGAUUCAAUCAUCCAGAAAACUAUAAGGACAGAAUUUGCAGACUGCACUGUAAUCACAGUUGCUCAUAGAAUAUCAACAGUGAUGGACUGUACUAUGGUUCUUGCUAUUAGCGAUGGAAGAUUAGUAGAGUAUGACAAGCCAAUGAAGCUACUGAAUGAGGAGGGCUCACUAUUUGGGCAACUUGUGAAGGAGUACUGGUCUCGUUCCAGAAAUGCUAGCGGGCUCUCAUAA